AUGGUCCACUUUACGCUCCCAACCAUCUUCCUCCUCGCCGCCGCCGCCGCCGCCGGCCUCGCCUCGGCCGCCGCCCCCGUCUCCACGAGCGGCAGCUGCGGCGGCGCGGCGGGCGGGGCCACGUGCCAGGGCAGCGCGUUCGGCAACUGCUGCUCGCCGUACGGCUACUGCGGCAGGACGGCCGCCUUCUGCGGCGCCGGGUGCGACUCCAAGUUCGGCACGUGCGACGACGCCGGCGCCGGCGCCAAGGUCAGCAACGACGGCACCUGCGGCGGCCUCACGCUCUCGGGCGGCGCCGGCAGCGGCAGCACCUGCAAGGGGAGCGCGUUCGGGAAGUGCUGCUCCGAGUACGGCUUCUGCGGCGACUCGGACGCGUUCUGCGGGGCCGGCUGCCAGGCCGGGUUCGGGUCCUGCAGCAGCGCCGCGGGGUCGGGGUCGGGGACGACGGACGUAAAGGCCACGCGGGAUGGGAGCUGCGGCAAGGCCAACGGCGGGACGACGUGUGCGGGGGCCGGGUUCGGGAGCUGCUGCAGCGCGUACGGGUAUUGCGGGUCGACGUCGCUGCACUGCGGCCAGGGUUGCGAUCCCAAGUACGGUACUUGCAGCGGUGGCGACAGCAGCAGCAGCAGCAGCAGCAGCAGCAGCAGCAGCGCCAGCGCCAGCGCCUCCAAGUCGUCGGCUUCUUCGGCCAAGGGAACCGUAGCCGGCACCACCUCCGCCGCCGCGUCGCCGACGGUCAAGGCCACGCCUGACGGAAGUUGCGGUGGCGCCAACGGCUACAGCUGUCCUGCUGGCCAAUGCUGCUCCAAAAACGGCUGGUGCGGCACCUCGGACGACUUCUGCUCCUUCGGCUGCAAGGCGGCCUUCGGCACCUGCCAGGCGUGCCCGGGCUCGGCGUGCAGCAGCACCGUCCAGGGCGGCUCGCCGACGUGCGGCGACGACGGCGGCAAGUGCUUCGUGCAGGGCGGCAAGAAGUUCAUGGUCAACUGCGACGGCAAGCUGGCGUCGGGCGACUGGGUGGACGGCGGCGACACGUCGUCCAUCAACACGCUCGCGGCCUGCGUCGCGGCCUGCGCCAAGACGACGGGCUGCGUCGUGGCCAACAUGUACACGGGCAUGGGUCAGAAGAGCUGCUCGCUGCUGGGGUCCUUCGCGGGCCGGCAGACGAGCUCGGGGGCCGUGGGGCAGUUUGCCUAUGUCAAAAGCAGCGGGUGUUCUUGA